CCGGGCGGCGGUGGCGGGAGCGCGGCGAAGCAGCCCCGCCGCCUGGGCCGCUGCGCGGGGCGGGGCCUCCUGGGAGCAUGUGUGCAGUGGUCCUGGCGGGGCGGGGGGCGCGCGGUGAUUGGCUCUUCGUGGCUGUUCGACCUCAGCAGCGGCGCGCCGUCGGGCGGAGCUGCUGCGGCGCCGCAGACCGGGCGGCAUGGCAGCGGCGCAGGGCAACGCGGAACGGUACUUUACGCGCUGGUAUAAGACAGAUGUCAAGGGGCGCCCGUGCGAAGACUUCUGCGUGCUGCAGCACUCCAACAGAAUUUGUGUCAUCACCUUGGCAGAAGCCCAUCCUCUUCUUCAAAAUGGAAAAACAAUUAAAAGCAUUAAUUACCAAAUCAGUGCCAGCUGCAGCAGACUUCAAAAUAAAGUCUCUGGGAAGUCAAAAAGGGGAGCUCAGUUUUUAACAGAACUUGCACCUCUGUGCAGAAUAUCCUCCUCAGAUGGUGAAGAGUACACCAUUUAUAGUUGUAUACGAGGGCGACUGAUAGAAGUGAAUGAAAACAUUCUUAAUAAUCCAGCUAUUCUGCAAGAGAAGCCAUCAACUGAAGGAUACAUAGCAGUGGUUCUACCCAAAUUUGAAGAAAGCAAGAGUAUAACUCAAGGACUUCUGACAAAGAAAGAGUAUGAAGAAGUUUUGUUGAAACGUCUUAAUUCUUCAUGAAAUUAUGUAUGCAGAGCAACAGCCUCUCUUCUGUUGACACAAAACUUGCUCUGGGAAAGAGAAGAUAAUGACACACAUCUUACAAGAACCAACUAAUAAUAAUAUUAAUGAAUUUAUAAAUGUAUACAGACAUCACUGUUGAAAACUAAGCAAAAAGAAUUAGCCUGGAAAGCAGGGAAGAAAUCUCAGCUCAACUCUCUAGUGUUUAGAAACUUGAGUAUUGGCAGAUGGGAGUAUUUCUGAAGGAUUUUGAUAUGUGAGGAAUACUGUCUCAGAAAGGACCUCUGAUCAUUUAGGUAUGAUCCUUUUAAUAUUCUUGUCUUUGUUAUCCAGCUCCUUUACCUAACAAGGUGUCCGGGAAGUACACGUUCAUCAUAAUUUGUGAUAUCUUUCUUUUGUUUUAUGUCCUGUCAGCAUGAUUUAGAAAGCAAUGAAUCAUGUAAGCCUUACCGUGACAUCAGUUACACUAUAAGCUAGCUAAGACUUAAUAAAGAGUUUGAGUUUAAACCCCAAGUCUAACUUAAGUAUAGGUUAUAAAAUUGGGCCCUCCAGAAACAUUAAUUGCAAUUUGAUGGUGCUUUAUCACUAUGUAGCAGAUAGGAGCAGAUGUAACAGAUGGGAGUUCCCAUUUAAUCCAGUUAAGAGAGUGCAGCUAUAGAUGGCAGUUGUAUACAUCUUUACUUGUAACAAAUACGAUUAACAUCAGAAUGAACUCUUGGCUUUCUAGAAUAGACUCUCUACAUUUUAAUAAACAAGCAUAUAUUUCAGUAGCAGGGUCUUUGAGUUUUGAGACUUACUCUGUUUAUGUUAAGCAUUAAUAACAGAAUAAAAAUAAUUAUUGCAGUGAUGGUAAUAUAAAUUACCUUGAUAAAUACUUUCAGCAAUAAAGUUCUUUCUUAGUCACUGAGGUACACUUAAUUACAGUUCAGCUUUCACUGAAUAAAGUUCCAGUGGACUACAGUAAGAUACAUACUAUCUGAUAUUAUUCAGCUGAGAAUUCUGAGUUGCAGCAUGGUAAAAUUCCAGUAUCUCUGUUCAUCUAAUGGGCAAGUCAAAGGAGAUAAUUGACUUAAAUUCUUUGACAAAAGUUUCUCAGCAGUAAAAAGCAAUAUGAAAUAGUGAAAGCCUACAGACACCGUUCCAUCUUUAAAGGCAGCUCAGGAAACAUUCCAGUAAGCUCUCUCACUUAAUACUGAAAUCCAAAACCCAAGUGAUAAUCUCAAUAUUUUUAGCAAUAUGAAAGAAAAAUCCUACUAAUUGUUGUACUGGUUCUUGGACUCUGAAGUUGGUAAGCUAGGGGUUGGGGAACUCUUCCUUAAAAUAUUAGCGUCUCAUCAAUGUUAAUGAUACAUCUUUGGCCACAGGGCUAGUUAUACAAAAUUAGACCAUGCAUGUUCCCUAAAAAAAAAAAGCACUUAUAUAAGCCUGUAAAGUAAUGCUAUCCAUGUUAUCCACUAGCAGGCUUCCAUGUAUGCUGAGUGGCAGUGUAUCAUGCUUUUCCUCCUAUUAGAAUCUCAGCAUGACCAAGUAUGAGGAAGUCAGGAUAAGCUUCACUGAAGCCCUUCUCUGCUAGUAGGGGGAAAAAAAAAAAUCCAGUGGUACUACAACAAAAACAGAAGCAAGAAAAACAAUACACCUCUUCUGAAGAAGUCUUUUCCCCCAGCACAAGACAGUGCAAUAAAUUGCUUAGGUCACAGAUGCAAAUGAGGGAUGUCCAAACAGACAAAGUAUAUUUUCAUCAUGAGGAACAGUUCUUACUGUAUGCCUAUACUUAAAAUGUUUUGAGAAGUUGAUAUGCCAAGUAUAGACUAUUUCAGAAAGGACAGAAGUUGAAAUAACUUUCUCUUCUACGUAAGGAACAACAACGAGGUAUUGCAUAGCAGAAAACAAACAUUGCAUAAAAUUUCACAUUUGCCAUUUUUUAUGGUCUUCUGUCACUUGAUUGUGUUAACAAAAAACUUUCAUAUUUAACAGGAACAGAAGUCAGUAGGUCAUGAGAUUUCAAAGUCAGUCAGGUCUUGUUUUCAUGAUUUUUUAUUUUAACCUUACCUUUGUAAAUGUAGCACUUUUACCCUGAACAGAAGCUUUAGCCGUAAUCUGAAGCUGCUGGCAUAUAGGGAUCAGUUUUUCAGUCUCCAACAGAAGCAAUGGUUUACCAUCACAAUGUAGCUGAAAUGGGGUUCAAGAAGACAGAACUGCUUAACGAUAAAAACUCCAGUUACAAGUUAAUGGAGGAGACAACACAACCAGCUUUUAAGCAUUAUCGUUAAAGUCAUAAUGUGAUGCACCUCUGGUGAUAAUCAUAAGGAAUGAUUAUUUCAGCAGUCAUGCAUUACCUGAUCAGAAAAGGCAUGAAAAGCUGAAGCAAGUUUUGUGCCCUCUGUAGCAAAAAUCUGAACGGAGAAAAAAAAAAGUGUAACAAAAUUAACCACAACUAAAGAUUAGACCCUUUCUUUUCUUUGUUGUUUUAAUAAGCAUUGCAUUAUAGGAGUAGGAGGAAAUAUUUGCAUAUAUAUAUAAUUAACAAGUCAGCAUUUCACGGUGACCUCUGAAAUACCAAGCUGCAUUACAACUGCUGUUCUCUCAUAUAAGCAAAGUUUAAAGGCUUUCAUUUCACAUUUUUAAAAAGUUGUUUUCUAGUUAUUUUUUGUAAUGGAGCAGUUCACAAAAGUUUUAUGGGUGGAGGACACCUGUCAUGUUUGUGUAUUGUCCUGACCGUAGUCUCCCGUUAAAUAUAUGUAUGUAUCUUAAAACACAAGAGGCCAAGUAAGGGAAUGUAGGGUAACAUUUUAUUUGUGAAUCAUAAAAUGGUAAGGUUGGAAGGGACCUCUGGAGGUUAUCUACUCCAACCCUCAGCAUAGCCCAUACAGGGAUCGAACCCACAACCUGGGCAUUACUAGCACCACGCUCUAAUCAGCUGAGCUAAACUUAUUCUUCAAACUCUUACAUCUUCUUCCCGGUAAUACCAUAACAUACUGAGUUAAGUAACAAAAGGGAGAAACUUAAUGCCUUAAAGUCCUUCUAUAUUUGCCAUAAUGGACAUUGAAUUCAGCAUUCUCACUCCUAACUAGAAUCUGUCAAAGUUUAAAGAAUUUUAUCUUAAUUAAGCUACUACCUGAACACUGGAAUGUUAGCUUUCAAAAAGUAUGUAUCAGAGUUGUGCUGCUUAAAAACUACAACUACUACUCCAUUUGUGAUAUACUGUACUUAUGUGUAAGGAACUGAAGAGUUAAAGAUUCAAUUUGUUCUUUAUUCA